GACGCCAGUCUCGCGUGAUGUGACUUGUGGCGUUCGGAUUUUCUGCAAGACGGGAUGCUAGGAACCUGCUAUUAACAGUAUUGCGGGGAGGAACCCUGUCUGGUUGCCAUGCUAAUGCAGUUUCCAUGGUUACCAAGGUCCAGCAUUGCCACGGGUGUGAAUAGACUUGAAUGAUUCUGUUCUUUUAUGAGCUAUCUUUGUUCAUGAUGAGUAUUUGUAGGACAUUACAUAUGCUGUCCCUCUACAGUUGAUAAUUUGGUUACCCAGCGCAGUAUUCCAGAGAAGAUGGCUGACAGCUUAAGAACCUUCCUUAAUGACCUUACCCGUGGUAUUAAAGACUCCAUUUGGGGAAUAUGCACAAUCUCAAAGCUGGAUGCCAGAAUUCAGCAAAAGAGGGAGGAACAGAGGAAGAGGCGAGCUAGCAGCGCUCUUGCACAGAGGAGAGCCCAAAAUGAAGAAAGAAAGCCAGAAAACGAACCACGCAUUGUUACCAGGAUCUUUCAGUGCUGUGCUUGGAAUGGUGGUGUAUUCUGGUUGAGCCUCUUCUUGUUUUACCGAAUGUUUAUCCCACUUCUUCAAACUAUUACAGCACGUAUAAUCGGGGAUCCAUCCUUACAUGGAGAUGUCUGGUCUUGGCUCGAAUUUAUCCUCACUUCUAUUUUUAGUGCCCUAUGGGUUCUCCCUCUAUUCGUCCUCAGUAAAGUUGUUAAUGCCAUCUGGUUCCAGGAUAUUGCAGAUUUGGCAUUUGAGUUGUCUGGAAGAAAACUUCAAUCCUUUCCAAGUGUCAGUAAAAUUAUAGCUGACAUGCUGUUCAACCUCCUUCUACAAGCACUUUUCCUGAUCCAGGGUAUGUUUGUGAGCCUGUUUCCGAUUGAUGUCAUUGGCCAGAUCAUAAGUCUUCUUCAUAUGUCUUUGCUCUACUCACUGUACUGCUUUGAGUAUCGGUGGUUCAACAAAGGAAUAGAAAUGCAUCAGCGGUUAUCCAACAUUGAAAGGAACUGGCCCUACUACUUUGGAUUUGGUUUACCCUUGGCUUCACUAACUGCCAUGCAGUCAUCGUAUAUAAUUAGUGGCUGUUUGUUCUCUAUUCUUUUCCCAUUGUUUAUUAUCAGUGCGAAUGAAGCUAAAACACCUGUGAAAGUGUACCACUUUCAGCUUCGUCUCUUUUCACUGGUCGUCUUCCUAAGCAACAGACUCUUCCACAAGACUGUCUAUCUCCAGUCUACGCUAAGCAGCUCUGGUUCCUCUGAAAAACUGCCCAGCCCUCACCCAUCUCCUGCCAAACAGAAAGCCACUUUGGGGCACUGAGUUAGAACUAAAAGUAUCCGUACCACUACAUUGCUGCACUCUCUCACCAAUUAUGAUUUUCUGUGAAAGGCACCUCAAGUUCUUCUCUCCAGCCGCUCUUGUUUACAGCCCUGAGGCUUCUUGGUUCCAACAGCACUUAAGUCACAUUUUUUAUGCUUUAAGUACUGACAAGCUGUAUGUGCCAUGUUUGUUAAUUUACUGAAAAACCUGCCUCUAAUAAUAUUAGAUAUAUAAUGAAACCAAAAUCCAUGUGAGACUGUAGCACUCUGGGUUUUUCUAAAAAACGUUAUCAGUGAAAUCAAGAAAUAUGUAUUUUUUGUUAUGACACUAAAGGCUCAAAAAUGGAUUCAUUGGAAGUCUGUAAAGCAAAGAGCAAGAGCACCGUUAUUCUAUUUAUCAAUGGCACUUCUGUAAAUAUGGCCAGUUUUUACACAGAAUUAUAUUCCGAAUUACGGAAUGGCCAUCUCCCAUAGACUCCAUUUUAUCCGAAUAAUCCAAUUUUUAAAAAAUUAUUUCCUUUUUUUCUGUAAUAAUAAAACAGUAGCUUGUACUUGAUCCAAACUAAGAUAUAAUUACUCUCUAUUGAAAGCAAAACCAGCCUAUUGGGUUUAUUUCAUGUUUAAAGGAUUUUCUAACUGGCUUAAGAUAUGAAGAUCUAAGGGAAAGAUCCAUUAUCCAGGUCCCGAGAAUUUUGUGUAACAAUGUAUACUUUUUAAAAUAGAAUUUUAAAUGUGAGGUGGAAAAGACACUGGUGGAAAUGUACAAUUUUUUAAGCAGUUAUAGCAAUUGAAUCUAAUCUUCAAAAGUAUUGGAGAGUUUGCAGAUAUACAUUGCUGGCCACAAAGACUUUAUACUUGGAACGGAAGGCUUUAACUUGCAAUUAUGAACUUGCUGCUGAGAGUCACUAGUAUCCCACACACACAAAAAAGGUUAGAUUUGACCAUUUCUGCACUUGAAACUUCUAUUUAUAUUUUCCUCAACAGAAUCAAAAGCCUACCAGGCAGGAACUACAAAUUUAAAGUUGUCCAGGUUUAUUCGCGGAACAGAAGAAAAAUGUUAUACCGUUUUAUUACUGUUAUUUAUGUUUUUCUCCCGUGCUUAGCUAUGGCUCCCUGACAUUGUAACAUUUUGGAGGUAAUGAAAUUACAAAGGCAAAGUUAGCUUAAGGACUAGUAACCAAGGACAAUUAAUCAGCAGAUUUAUAACUCUGCUUUCUGAAAUGAAAUAACUCCUUUUUGCCACUGGCAACUAGACAGCAAACUUUGUGCCUUAUACUAUAUAUGAAGUUUAAAUGUAGAGCAUUUUGCUUGACCUUUCAUUUCUUUCUUGGGAGACAUAAGCUGCUGAAUGGUGUACCAACUACAU